GCCACUAAUAUACGUGUACUAUUAAUUAACAAGUUAUGAACCAAAAAACAAUAUCUCUUCGUAUUACAUUUGUAAUGUGUAAUCGCAGUUAUCACCCGUCAUAAUCGAACUAAGAUUGACAUAAAAAAAUGCCUAGAAUCGAAAAUAUACUACGUCAUUUGUUACUGAAAUUGAUACACAAACAAACUUUUAAUAUAUAUUUUAUAUGUACUAAACUUUUAAAUUUCCGAGAGAAGUAUAUUUAGUGAAAUUUAUAUAAAUCCCAAGCUGCUGUAUCAAUUUACAGUUUACAUACUAUAUUGUAUGUAUAUCAAUGAAUGAAUGUGACAAUUUUUUCUAACUUUUAACCACAUGUAGAGAAAGAUCUAUAAUUAGGUUGUUACAAACGCUUGACACAAAUUAAGAAUAAAAAGCAUUUUAAAGAACAAGUGUACGAUGGAGGAUUUGUGGGAUGUUUAAUUAAAACAUGUCCUUAACCAUUCUAUUGGAAAUUGGGCAUGAUGCCUCUUUAAGAUCUAAAACUACUUCAGAAGGAUUUACUCACGAUUGGGAAGUUUUCGUUAAAGGACAAAACGGAGCAGAUAUACAUUAUUAUGUAGAAAAAGUUGUUUUUUAUUUGCAUGAAACGUUCCCAAAUCCAAAACGAGUUGUUAAAGAUCCUCCAUAUUCAUUAAGAACAUCAGGUUAUGCUGGAUUCAAAUUACCCAUAGAAAUACAUUUGAAAAAUAACCAAGAACCAAAAAGGAUAAAGUUCAAUUAUGAGCUCUAUCUUCAACCGACUGGUCCUCCAAUACAUAGAGUUCAAAAAGAAAAAUAUACUUUUUUUAACCCUUCAGAAGAAUUUCGAGUUAAACUAUUAAAAGGUGGAGCGGUGGAAGGUGGUGGUAGCAAUAUUGAAAAUAGUAUAAAUAGAGGAAUGUCCAUAGAGAAAAAUCAAAUGACUAGCAAACCAAAAUUGAGUGGUUCAGAUAUACCUAAAAAACACAAAAUGAAACUAGAGGAACCGAGAACGACGGAUUUUGAAAAUUUAUUCGGGCCUCCAAUUAAAAAAACUACUAAAAUACCCGAACUUCCGAAAACCAAGGAACCUCCAACUAUCAAACCUCCAAAUGUUGACAAAUGUAUCGAUAAAGAAAAGAAUGAUAAAACGAAAUCAAACAAAAAUACACACAAGGACAAGGAAAAACCCAAAGAAAAAUCGGACAGCUUAGAUAAGAGAAACAAAGAAGAAAGAAAAAAAUUCAAAGAUGAAAAGAGUAAGGAUAGAGAAAGAUCAAAAGAGAAAAGUUCGAAAAAGGAAAGAGAAAAAUCACCGGCGAUUAAACCAAGAAGCCCCACACCAAAAAGAUCUCCGAAAAGAGAUGCUAGCCCAGUUCCAAUACAAAAACACAGCAGCAGCAAAGAGAAGGAUACGAAUAAAGAUGAGAAAAAAGAUAAAGAUAGAGACAGGGAUAAGAAGGAAGAAAAAAAAUCGAAAAAGGAUAAACGGGACCACAAAGAAAGCAAACAUAAAGAUAGAGAUAGGGAUAAAGAUCAUAGAGAUCACAAAAAUAAAGAAAGUAAAUCGAGGGAAAAAGAAUCAAAUGUUAUCAAACAGAAUGAAACUAGUCCCAUUCCCCCACCUACACAAAAUACGCACAAGACUGAUAAAAAGCCAAAAGAAAAAGAACAAAUUAAGGAACAACCGAAGGAGGAAGAGAAAGUUGAAAAAUCAGAAAAAGUGGAGAAGAUAAAGAACGAAUUGGAAGAGAGACAAAAACACAAACACAAAAAGAAAGAUCGCAAAGAGAAAAAAGAUGAGAAACAUUCCAAAAAGGAAGAUAAAAAAAUCGAGAAGGCGCCAAAUUCGAUUUCCACUUUGAAAGAUGUUCAAGUCAAAGAAGAAAAACCUAUUACGGCACCUCCCAAUCGACAAGUGGAUAAGAAUAAUUUGUUUGGCAGCCCAAAGAGUGAUUCACCAUCGACUCCCAAAGAAACUGAAGUGAAAGUAGAAAAUAAUUCACUAUUUUUGAGGGAGGAUGAAUCAUCUAAUGAUUCGGUUAAACUGAGUAGUAAAGAAGCAUCUCCCGCUCCUCGUAUACCUUCAAAGUCUCCAUCACCACCUCCGCCACCUGAACCGGUUAAAAAACCCGAACCAGAGAAGAAGAAGGAACCGUCGCCAAAGAAAAAGGAAAAAAAGGAGAGAAAAAAGGAUAAGAAAAUUGACAAAGAAAAAGAUGAAAAAAGAAAAAAACGAAAAAGCGAUCCUACUACUACGGUGGAAGAAGAACCGCCGGAAAAAAUAAAUAAAAUAGAAGAAGCAGCAGUAAAUUCUGAUGAGGAAAGUAAAGUUUCAAGUACAGAGGAUACGACGCCGGUCGUUGUUCCACCGAAAAGUGAGUGUGAUAUGGAUAUGCUUCGAGAAUUGCAGAGAAAAAUAAUGAGUUUAAAGGAUAACGCCGAUCUCCAACGGGUGGUUCAAUUGAUCGCCGAAACUGGUCAAUACGAAGUAUCGGCUCAUACUUUCGAUUUCGAUCUUUGUCUUUUAGACAGAUCGACAGUGCGACAGUUACAAGACUUUUUUUCGACGAUAUCGUAGUAAACAAUUAUUGAUUAAACCAUCAAAUUUUGUUAAUAGUGAGAUCAAAUAAGAGCUGGGUAAUUUUAGUACAAAUACCGAUAAGAUUUCAACCAUAGUGAAUCUAAUGAAACAUUGAGAUUACGGACGGUUUUGGUUCAUUAUUCUGUAGAUUACAUAUAGUGGUAAUUGGAAUUUUUAAUUGUCUCAAAUCAAUUCUCAAAAAUUCUAAUUGUUUUGAUUCUAGGUCUCUUUUGAUAAGAAAACUAGUUUGUCGUUUUGACCUAUUUCGGUCUCGAUGCAUAUAAAAGGAUCUUAGCAAUAAGAAACUAACAGAAAUUAAUAUAUUUGUUUGACAAAUAGUUACCCGGCUCGAUCAAAUUAAUUUGUAUAUAAAAUUUUUUUGUUAUAGUGUUGAAUAUACCAAGUGAGCGAUAUAGAGACCAAUGUUUUAUAUUUAAUUUGAAAAAAAAAGGUUAUAUAGGACUUGUAAAUGUGAAGUUGUGCGUUACAUUAAAGGAUGGAAUGUGCUGUGGGUAAUUUGAUCGCGACAGGUUCAACUCGGUUUAAAAAUUCAACGAAACCAAAAUGCAAGUCAUGCAUUCAUUUUAUAAUUUGAAUAAUUGGAAAUUACACUAAUAAUAAUCCAAAUUUUAGUUGGAAUUAUACUUAUAGAUAUCCAAAGUUGAAAAUAAAUGAUUCAACCCCAUUAGAAUAUAAAAAAUAUGUUUUUUUUAAUAUAAAUUUUAAAAAGUACAAUUUUUUCAUCACGCAUUCAACUGAAUUUGUAAAAAGUACAUUUUUAUAUUCAUUUUUUCAACAUUCACGCAAAAAAUAAUGAAAUUAAAAAAGUGGCCUUCUGUCACCAGGGGUAUUCAUAGAGCCGGUUGAGUUUGGUGUUUGUACCUCUGCGCCACACGCUCCAAGGUCUCGCUAGUUAUAUCUGCUUUUUCGUUCUCCUAUUCAGUAGUCGUUGAAGUUUGAAAUUCGCUCUAUUCCUCCCUUUCGCUCGUUCUCUUAUUCCCAUGAAGUUGUCAUUUGGACUUCAGUUCACCCUCAUUUUGACUGAAUGGAUGAAUAUCAUCAGCUUAGGCACUGUCCUCCUCUAUUAACUUUGAUAUUUCUUAUGACUCGUUCUAGUGUCAGAUCUCCUCCGUUAUCAUAACUUUGCUCUUGGUCUCAGCUAACGUCAUCCGCAUCAGAGGAAUGCCAAAAAGGGUUGUGUAGAGUUAAGAUCGAUCAAAUACUGUCAUAAGCUUGUUUGUAAUCUAUUAAAGAACCGCGGUAUGGAAACAAACGAAAUUGUAAGUUUUGGAACAAUUUUUUUUUAAAAAUUCAGGCUGAGAUGAACCUAUUGAAAUCUUCAUAAAAAUGAAUGGAUAAACCUUAAUCCCCCCCUUUAUUUUAGUUACAAAUUUUAAUUAUAUCAUCUCUUUAGAUUUAAGUCUCAAUAAUUUUUUCUCUAAAUAAAUUGUACAUAAUAUUUUAGUAAUCGCGUAUUGAAUUUAAGAGAAACCGCUACAAGUCGUUAUGGUUUUAAAAAUAUCGAAUUUGGAUCAUACAAAAUUCUUUUUUUUUUUUUUUUUCUCUCCUUUAUAUAAAGCGAAAUGUACUAAUUUGUAAAUAGGUAAUAGGAACGGUGAGUUAUAAAGUAUUAAACGUUUUUAAAAGCUGACAACAAUGCAAUAACAUUACGUUAUUACAUAUUUCUCAAUCACACUGUAUAAAUAGUAUAUAAAAAUUCAUUUACAAGUUCAACUAAUGAUUUAUAACAACUUCUCAUACUAGAACUUCCCCGCUAUUGAUUUAUUAUGUAUUGAAAAUAAUUACUAUCAAAAAAAUUACAUAUAAAUGAUUAGUACUUUAGGUUCACCGUAUCCACAAUAAUGAAUUUAGUACAAUUCUAAAGUAGAAUCAUUUUUAUUCUAUCGAUUUAUCUUUAUUUAUCAAUAUUUUUUAGCAGCUAGUUGUUUUCAUUUAAAAAUCAACUGCUCAUGAAACUACUUUUGAGUAGAGAAAGAUUGAUUGCUUACUCUGUAUGUUUGUAUAUAUUUUGUACAUUAUUUAAUGAAAAAAUCGAUAAAAUGUUCCAGCUGUAUUUUAGAAGAAGUAAAUUUUAGAAUUACAAUCUUCGAUAUCCCAAAAUCUAUACAAAUACAAUCUUUGUAUGCUAUUUCCCUUCGAAUUUACACAAAUUUUUAUGAUUUCUUCAAAUUAUUAAAAAAUAAGUAUGGAAUUGAAUCGUUCAUGUAUAAAAGUAGAUGAAGAUAAUAUAAAAGUUUUUAUUUCUCUUACUUUUAUACUCAAAUAUCAACUUUUAUUUGGAAACUAUUGAAAAUUUCGAAAUCACAAAGACUCCAAUGUUAUUUCGAUCCCAAUAAACACAGCUGCUUACUCAAACUCGAAAAAAAAUUCCAUUUGGGUGUUGUUAUACCUUAUAAAUCCCCUAUAAAUAAUUCGAAUUGUCUUAUAACUUUUUACCUCUCAGAUUAUUCUAUAUAUAUAUAUAUAUAUAUAUAUAUAUAUAUAUUUCGUGAUUAUUUGUCUUGAUUUUUUCUUUAAUAACAGAUAAAACGUUGACAUACUAUAACAUUUCAAUUAAUGGAGGUCUAAAAAUCAAGACAAAUAAUUAGAACUUGUUAUAAUUGAUUGUGUGUUGAACUUUAUUGUGAUAAGAUUAUGUGGGUGGAAUUAUCAGGCUUCUUUUUGACUACUUCUGAAAUAUAUUAACCAUACAUUUUGUGGAUAAUUUUCAUUUCAAUGAUUAGUACCAACGGAUCUUUCUCUGCUAUUAUAAAAGUUGAUUAUAUCGCUAUUUUAUGUAAUAUAGUAAGGUGUUGAUAUAUAUAUAUUGAAAUAAGAUUAAGGGACAACGUGUUUCACAUUAAAUUAUAUUUUGUUGUUUGUUGUUUUUCUAAGACUUGACUAUUUAAAUAAAUGGAAUGGACGUAUGCAUGUUUUACUUAAAACAAACUG